AUGGCAAAUCCACCUGCACUCACAAAUCGAAAUAAAAAGCAUUUCCUAGGAGUUCCUGCUCCUUUGGGCUAUGUGGCCGGUGUUGGCAGAGGAGCCACUGGUUUCACAACACGUUCUGAUAUUGGUCCAGCCAGAGAUGCAAAUGAUGUUUCUGAUGACAGGCAUGCACCACCUGCAGCUAAAAGAACUAAGAAGAAAGAUGAGGAAGAGGAGCAGGAAGAAGAAGAUUUGAAUGAUUCCAAUUAUGAUGAGUUCAGUGGAUAUGGUGGAUCUUUGUUCUCCAAAGAUCCGUAUGAUAAAGAUGAUGCAGAAGCUGAUGCUAUAUAUGAGGCAAUUGAUAAAAGGAUGGAUGAGAAAAGGAAGGAGUACAGGGAGAAAAGAUUGAGGGAGGAAUUGGAAAGGUACAGACAGGAAAGACCCAAAAUCCAGCAACAGUUUUCAGAUCUGAAAAGGGAUCUGGUGAUGGUCAGCGAUGAAGAGUGGAAGAACGUACCAGAAGUUGGAGAUGCGCGAAACAGGAAACAAAGAAAUCCAAGGGCCGAGAAGUUUACACCGCUUCCCGAUAGUGUGCUUUCGAGGAAUCUAGGCGGCGAAUCAUCAUCUACACUUGAUCCAAGUUCGGGAUUAGCAAGCAUGGUUCCUGGUGCAACUACUCCAGGCAUGUUAACGCCAACUGGAGAUAUGGAUUUGAGGAAAAUUGGACAAGCCAGAAAUACUUUGAUGAACGUCAAGUUAUCGCAAGUCUCAGAUUCAGUAACAGGACAAACAGUAGUUGAUCCAAAAGGCUACUUAACAGAUUUACAAUCCAUGAUUCCCACUUACGGCGGUGACAUAAACGAUAUUAAGAAAGCCCGAUUAUUGUUGAAAUCUGUAAGGGAGACGAACCCCAACCAUCCACCUGCAUGGAUUGCCAGUGCUAGAUUAGAAGAAGUUACAGGAAAGGUUCAAGCCGCUCGAAAUUUGAUCAUGAAAGGUUGCGAAGAUAAUCCGCAAAGCGAAGAUUUGUGGUUGGAAGCCGCUCGUUUGCAGCCACCGGAAACAGCUAAGGCUGUCAUUGCUCAAGCUGCAAGACAUAUUCCCACUUCUGUUCGCAUAUGGAUUAAAGCCGCUGAUUUGGAAACGGAAACUAAAGCUAAGAGGAGGGUGUACAGAAAGGCGUUGGAGCACAUUCCUAAUUCGGUAAGGUUGUGGAAGGCUGCUGUGGAAUUGGAGAAUCCCGAAGAUGCCAGGAUCUUGUUAUCCCGCGCAGUCGAAUGUUGUUCGACUUCUGUGGAAUUGUGGUUGGCUUUAGCCAGAUUGGAGACAUACGAGAAUGCGCGCAAAGUGCUCAACAAAGCCAGAGAAAAUGUACCAACGGAUAAGCAAAUUUGGACUACUGCAGCAAAAUUAGAGGAAGCUAAUGGUAAUGACCAUAUGGUUGAGAAAAUCAUUGAAAGAGCAAUAAGUUCUUUGAGCGCAAACGGCGUAGAAAUCAAUCGUGAACACUGGUUCAAAGAAGCCAUCGAGAGUGAGAAAGGUGGACACGUUCACUGCUGCAAAGCUAUCAUUAAAUCUAUCAUAAGUCAUGGAGUGGAGCCAGAGGAUCAAAAACAUACUUGGAUGGAGGACGCUGAACAUUGUAUCAAUCAAGGUGCCUUCGAGUGUGCAAGGGCCAUCUACACUCACGCUUUGGCUACUUUCCCGGCCAAAAAAUCAAUUUGGCUCAGAGCUGCUCACUUGGAAAAAACUCACGGAACCAGAGAGAGUUUGGAGACUUUAUUGCAGCGCGCUGUUGCGCAUUGCCCCAAGAGCGAGGUGCUUUGGUUAAUGGGAGCCAAAAGCAAAUGGCUCGCAGGGGACGUACCAGCAGCUCGUGGUAUUCUCUCCUUGGCUUUCCAAGCUAAUCCAAACAGUGAAGAAAUCUGGUUGGCCGCCGUCAAAUUGGAGUCCGAAAAUCACGAAUACGAAAGGGCCAGAAAACUGUUGGCUAAAGCAAGAGGAUCGGCUCCAACUCCAAAAGUAAUGAUGAAGAGCGCAAAAUUGGAAUGGUCUUUGAACGAUCUAAAUGCAGCUCUUAAUUUGUUGGACGAAGCUUUGAAGGUAUUCCCAGACUUUCCCAAACUUUGGAUGAUGAUGGGUCAAAUUUACGAGCAGCGCAAAGAUCCCAGCAAGGCGUUUGAUUCAUACAACCAAGGCAUCAAAAAAUGUCCAUCAUCGAUUCCUCUGUGGUUGCUACUUUCAAGGCUGGAAGAGAAUCGCAAUCUCUUGAUUAAAUCGCGCAGCGUGUUGGAAAGGGCUAGAUUGAAGAAUCCCAAGAACGACGUUCUAUGGUUAGAGGCCAUCCGCGUUGAAAUUCGGGCAGGACUCAAGGAUGUUGCUAUGGCGAUGAUGGCUAAAGCGCUGCAAGAGUGUCCAACUUCCGGUGUCCUUUGGGCCGAAUCCAUCUUCAUGGAGCCUCGUCCUCAGCGGAAAACAAAAUCUGUGGAUGCGUUGAAGAAAUGCGAGCACGAUCCGAACGUGCUCUUAGCCGUGAGCAAACUGUUCUGGUCCGAGAGAAAGAUCAGCAAAUGUCGGGAAUGGUUUGCCAGGACGCUCAAGAUCGAACCUGACCUAGGAGAUGCCUGGUCGCAUUGGUACAGAUUCGAACAGCUGCACGGAACUCAGGAGCAGAGGGAGGAGGUAAAACGGAGAUGUCUGGCUUCAGAACCACAUCACGGAGAGCUGUGGUGCUCCGUCAGCAAGAACAUCAAGAAUUGGUCCAAGAACUUGGAGCAGGUACUAGACCUGGUCGCCAAGGACGUACCUAUACCUGUAUAAUGAAAUAAAUUUACUUACCCAUAAAUGUACUGACAAGCAUUUUCCCUUCCCGGUUUAUAUUGAUUUUGUAUUGUAGAUAGUAGUAGAUUGCGGUGUAUGUAAAUAUGAUAACAUCUACCUGGUCUAAGCUUCUUAUCAAUAUAUUUUUUUUGAAGCGUU